AUGCCUUUCGUAAUUCGUAUGCUACAAACCGAAGAACCAAUACGUAAAAUCACUUUACGUUACAUAGAAGACAGAUAUCGUAGAGCGAUAUCAAAAAAAAAUUUCGUGACGCCAAGUAUUAGAGAUAUCAAAUCAAGUUUGCGAGUAAAAAUGCUUAAAGGCGAAGGUGACUAUCAAAUUGUAAACGGUAUUUACGUAGAACCAGACGAUGUUGAUGAUACAUUGGAAAGUGAAACAAUUAGAGAGCUUGUACCAAUAAAUUAG